AUGCCGUAUUACGCCAACCAAACCAUUCGUGCUGAGAUUCGCCAACAAAUCGAAGAUACCAGAGACUCUAUCAACGUCGUCGUUACGACAUACACUAUUGCAAAGGCAAAGAUAGAUGCUCAAUUCCUUCGUUCCAUGGACUUUUGUGUAUGUGUGUAUGAUGAGGGUCAUAUGUUGAAGAGCAGCAAGUCCCAGCUCUACGAAAAACUUAUCCGCAUUCCAGCUCAGUUCAGACUGUUGCUCACUGGUACUCCCCUGCAGAACAACCUCCAGGAGCUAGUUUCACUACUUGGAUUCAUCCUACCUUCAGUCUUUCGAGAGCGAAAAGAAGAUCUUGAGUACAUUUUUAGUGCCAAAGCCAAGACGGUUGACGACUCGCAUACAGCUCUGCUCUCUGCACAGCGAAUUGCUCGUGCAAAAUCCAUGCUCACGCCAUUUGUGCUGCGCAGAAAGAAGCAUCAAGUGAUUGACUUGCCACCCAAAAUCACGAGUGUGGAGUAUUGCGAUAUGAACGAGGCUCAGAAGGAAGUAUAUACUCGCGAAGUUGAAACGGCCAAACAACUCGUUGCGGAUCGAGCCGCUGGAAAAAUGGUCGGCAACAAGUCAUCAAAUAUUCUAAUGAAGCUGCGCCAAGCCGCCAUCCACCCCCUGUUCUACCGGCGCCAUUACGAUGACAAAACCUUAAGUCGGAUUUCCAAGGCCUGCCUAAAAGAUGAGAAAUGGGCUGCCUCAGACCCGGACCAGAUAUACCUGGAACUCUGCGCCUACAACGACUUCGAGGUACAUACGCUCUGCGAACAGAACCCAACCGCCUUAUCCAAAUUCGUCCUUAAAAAUGAUGAGUGGAUGCAAUCGGGCAAGGUCGACAAGCUCUGUGAACUACUACGUCGCUUCAAAGAAAACGGCGACCGCACCCUAAUCUUCUCCCAAUUCACCAUGGUCAUGGAUAUCCUCGAGCACGUCCUUCAGACGGUGCAGAUGCCCUUCUUCCGGCUGGAUGGCAGCACCAGCGUCGAGGAUCGCCAGGCUAUCCUCGACGCGUUCCACGAGCAGGUUGAGAUCCCCGUCUUCCUCCUGUCAACCAAGGCAGGGGGUGCGGGUGUUAACCUCGCGUGCGCGAAUAAAGUUAUAAUCUUCGACUCCAGUUUCAAUCCUCAGGAGGACGUGCAGGCGGAGAAUCGCGCACAUCGUGUAGGGCAGACGAGAGAGGUGGAGGUUGUGCGCCUUGUCACGAGGGGAACGAUUGAGGAACAGAUGUAUGCGCUGGGCCAGACGAAGCUGGCGCUUGAUCAGCGGGUUUCUGGGGAGUAUGAUGGAGGUGCUGGUGCUGGUGCUGGGAAGAAGGGCGAGGAGGCCGGGUUGAAGGCUGUGGAGGAGAUGGUGAUUGCGAAGCUUACAGAGGAGGAUGAGAAGAAGAGGAAGGGGGAUGGGAAUGAGAUUGCAGAGCUAGAAGGAUCUUGA